AUGAACAGGAUUUCGACCAUCGUCGACGGCAUCGAUUUGAUUGUGGGGGUGGAGCCCGGUGAUCGUGAUGGAGGAGGCGUCUUGGCAAAGGAAACCCGUGGCAAAUCCGAUGCGAAGGGACGCUCCAAGAUCUCCUGGGAUCCGACCGUCGAUGAGAUCAAGAAGGAGCCGGUCCUCAAGCAACAAUACUCCACCAAGCUUGCGACUACGGCACCCGUAACGACCGCACUGCCGGAACAGUCGACAUCGCGCGCGAAGGCCCCAUCCCCAUGCGAGUUUGAUGAGGACCUCCUAAGGAAUCUGAUGAUGGCCGCUACAAUUGAACAACUUGAAAGCGCGCUGAACAUGAGGGGAUACAAGCCAAGCCUGAACGAAAACACCAAGAAGUCGGCCGUCCCCGCGAAGGUUGUCGAACCGGCUUCAAAGAUGAGUACCAUCGAAAUUGCUACGAAGCAUCGCAUCGAUUACAGCGAGACCUAUGCGCCGCCGACCAGGGGCCGUCAGCCGCAGGUUCAGGAUGCUGGCUUGCCAGCGGACAGCGGACCGGAAGUUGUGGAGGCCGAGGAGGAAGAGCCAGUGGAAGCUCCCAAGAAGAGGCGUCCGUUUGAUUUCACCAAGGAGGAGCUCGAGCAGGUCGCGGGGUACCGCUUCGCUACCAUGGAGGACGCCAAGAUCUGGAUGAACAAGCAUCUCAUCGUGAACAACCACCCGAACUGGUGG